GCGCCCAUUCACUAACGUUCUAAUUCAUGGAACUCAUAAAUUGACACAAUAGCCCAUUUCUUAUCUUUCUCGAUAAUGCGACUCGAGAUAGGCAUGGUCUAAUUCCUUAUCACUUUAACAAUGGUUAGGGUACGUGCACUCUUGAAACAUUGUUAACACGAAUUUGUCGGCAGAGGGCAGAAAGUAAAUACCGUAUGAUACAAAGUAAUUUGUUCCUUUGCUGACAACGGGAGCCAGUCUAUGGUCAACAUGGUGUCCGGUCUGCUGUUACGGAGAACAUUACUGACCGUUGCCGAAACCAGCAGCCGGGUUUCGCUCGGUACGAGAGGCCAAUGGUGUGGUUUCACGACGUCAACGACCAGAUUCAGCGAGUCCUCCUUGCCCAACCCCGAUUCGGUGGUGAGCUACGAGCAGUUGAAGAAUAUGUUGUCCAGUCACAACGUCCAGCUGUUUGAUGUCCGCAACCAAGAUGAGUUCAUGGCUGGACGCAUCACAGACUCUGUAAACAUCCCAUUGGGCCAGCUGGAGGAAUCUCUAAAGCUGUCACCAGAGCACUUCCAGCUGCUGUUCGAGGUAAAGGUUCCUGGGAAAGAUGACGACAACAUUGUGUUCCACUGCCAGACGGGUCGCAGGAGCGCCAUAGCUCUAGCUAUCGCCCGGCAACUGGGCUUCAACAGGGCUCGGCACUACCAGGGGGGGUACAGUGAUUGGGCCACACAUGAGGGAAAUUGAGUCACAUUAACAUGGAGCCUGUAUCUGAGUUCUGACCCAGCCCUAAAACUCUUCUAGUCUGGGUACUGCACCAGAAAACCAUGACCCACAUCAAAACACACAUCUACACAGGAAUUGUAUUUAGAGGACUCAAGUUUUCAGUUACUGUUCCUGAAUGAUUGACCUCAGUUAUCUGUGACAACUGACUUACUUGGAAGAGGUUGUUCUGCGUCCCUAUUUCCUAACUAAUUUGUCUGAAAGAUAGAUGUGAAAUAUAAUAGGCAAGAUCAUAAACUGAGAGACUUACUUUAUCAAUAAAGUUGAUAUUUAGGAUUUA